AUGGAAACAUGUUUCAGUUGCCCAGCAAAUAAGUAUCCAAACCAAGACCAGGAUAAUUGCAUUCCUAAGAUACCAAACUUUCUUGGCUUUGAUGAAACUUUGGCCAUCAUUUCAACUUUCUCGGCACUACUGUUGUCUCUGAUCACAGCUCUAGUGUUGGGCAUCUUCAUUAAACACCGGGACACUGCCAUCGUCAAAGCCAACAACAGAAGCCUCACUUACAUUCUCCUUGUGUCCCUCCUCUUGUGUUUCCUCUGCUCCUUGAUGUUCAUUGGAACACCUAAGCAGGCAACCUGCCCACUCCGACAAACAGGUUUUGGCAUCGUCUUCUCUGUGGCCCUCUCCAGUAUCUUGGCCAAAACCAUUUCAGUGGUUUUGGCAUUCAUGGCUACCAAGCCAGGAUCCACAAUCAGGAAGUGGAUAGGCAAAAAACUGGCUUAUUCCAUCAUCCUCUCCGGCUCCAUUCUUCAAGUAGGGCUUUGUGGUCUUUGGCUGGCAACUUUUCCCCCUUUUCCAGAUUUGGACAUGCAGUCAAUGAGUGAAGAAAUUAUAUUGUUAUGUAAUGAAGGGUCAGUCUUCAUGUUCUUCUGUGUUUUGGGCUACAUGGGCUUCCUGGCCACUGUCAGCUUCACUGUGGCUUUCCUAGCCAGGAAGUUGCCAGACAGUUUCAACGAAGCCAAGUUCAUUACCUUCAGCAUGCUGGUCUUUUGCAGUGUUUGGAUCUCCUUCAUUCCAACCUACCUGAGCACCAGAGGAAAAUACAUGGUGGCUGUGGAGAUUUUCUCCAUCUUAGCUUCUAGUGCUGGAUUACUGGCUUGCAUCUUUUUCCCCAAAUGCUACAUUAUUGUAGUGAGGCCUGAGUUGAACACCAGAGAGCAUUUAAUACAAAAAAGAUAUAAAUAA